GAAAUGGGAACAAAGCCUUUCAAAUUCUAGAAAGACAAAUAUUAUUAUAAGAACAGGUGGGUGCGCCUUUGUAUUUUGACUUUGAAGAAUUCAAGAAUUCUUCAUUCAUUUCCCAUCUCUUUCGUAACCAAGAAACUUUCUUGGUUUCUUUCUUUCCUUUCCAUCAUUCCUUCCAUAAUUUCCCUUUCCUUUUUUUUUCUAUCAAAUCAUAUCAUUAAUUUUUCAUAAAAAAAAGGCCUCUCCUUCUUCAUUCAAUUCAUCUUCUUACUCCGAAACAGAAUUCAAUUCCUGUUCCCAUCUCCAGCAUUCCUUCAAGUUCCAAACUUUUGCUUUUUUAAGGGGAUAAUACAUUCAUUUACAUUCACACAAGUCUUUCUUGGAUUAGAUUGGACUCUGUUUUUUUCUCCCCCUCUAUAAUCAUCAAUUAAGAAAUCCAACAAGGCAGUUAGUUGUCUGUUGAUGUUUUUAAUGUUGUUUAACCUGUUUUGGUGAAUCUUGUCCUUGCAGUUUUCCCUUAUUUAUGAUACAGGUAAAUUCAGGUGAUGAUCCUUAUUACUAUUGUUCUCCUCUGUCACAUCCCCAAAACAAGAAAGAAGCUUCCUUUCUCAUUCUCCCUUCAAUUUUAAGCAAUUUCUUAAUCAUCUAAUCUUUUCGUAAUCAUCCUUUUUGUUGCUUGUUUUUUCAUCACAAUCUCUACCAAACAGACCGUUUAAUCCAGCUCAUCCUCCUGACAGGGGGGAUUAUUUCAAUGGUUUUCAUGUCAUUUGAUUUUUGAGUUUUGCUUGUUUUGAAAUUCAAUUGAUUUUGAAUUGUGAAAAAAAAAAAAAUGGGCUGCGGGAGUUCGAAGCAAAAGCGAUGCAAGCAUUGCCAGUCACCGUACUCACCGCUGCCUCGAAGCUAUUCAAUGCAUGUUGUUCAUCCACCACAGCAAAAGGGCGAUAGCUACCAUGUGGUGGCACUCACCUCCACCACAUUAGGUACACUCGCUCUUGAUUCUGCGAAUCAGAAUGGGACUAUUGAUGUUAUUGUAAAAGGCGAUGAUCAAUGGAAGAAUGUUGGUGAUGUUAAUGGAUCAAAUGGGCUUGUAAAGAAGAGUAAAGAAUUGAAUAGCAAGGAGGAGUUUUCAACGGGACUGAUUGAAGCCAGGACUUGGUCUAAUAUGAUCCAAGAAAAAAUCCCAAAAGUUGUUCCAAGGACUCCGAUUAUGACACCACCUGGAGAGCCAGAAACUAUCAAUACUUGGGAGUUGAUGGCAGGGCUUGAAGAUGUGAUGAAUCCUUGUUCAUCUCAUCGGUUUCGCAGUUUCUCUUUUGAUAUUUCUCGUGAUCCAAGUCCAAUAUCUGAUUGUCACAAAACUAAUUUUCUGCAGAAUGGCAAACUUUCUCCUGAUAAUAUUAAAUCUGGGUGGCUUCAAGUUGUAGACGAGGAUGCUACUUCCAAAUGUCUGGAAUUCGAUCCUGAAGUCAUCUCUACAUUUAGAAAAUCAUUUGAAGAGCUCUCUCCUACACAUCCAUUUUACAUUAAGCCAAUUGAUAGUGAAAGACAACCUCCUUUUGACAGCGACGAUUCUUCGUUGCCUGUGAAUGAUGCUACGGAGGUAGAUUUUGUUGCAAAAGAUUGUAAGCGCAGUAAGGAUAAGUUAAUUGUUUAUUUUACAAGCUUGCGAGGGGUGCGCAAAACAUACGAGGCUUGUUGCCAUGUGAGGGUGAUUUUAAAAAGCUUAGGAGUUCGUGUUGAUGAACGAGAUGUAUCAAUGCAUUCAGGGUUCAAGGAAGAGUUGAGAGAGCUUAUGAAAGAAGGGUUUAGCGGGGGAGGGUUACCAAGAGUGUUUAUUGGGAGAAAAUACAUUGGCGGAGCAGAGGAAAUUCGGCGAAUGCACGAGGAAGGUCUGCUAGAGAAAAUGGUUGAAGGGUGUGAAAUGUUGGAUGGUGGUGGUGGGGGUGGAGUUGGAGGGGCUUGUGAGGCCUGUGGGGAUAUCAGGUUUGUGCCUUGUGAGACAUGUUCAGGGAGUUGUAAGAUAUAUUGUGAAGGUGACGAUGAAGAACUAGAAGAGUUAGAAGAAAGUGAAGAGAGUAAUGAAUAUGGGUUUCAACGUUGCCCUGAUUGCAAUGAGAAUGGACUCAUACGCUGCCCCAGUUGCUGUGACUAGUUUUGAUCGACGGGUAAUCAAGAUUUUUGUUUCUCCUAUCUUCUUUUGUUGUUCUUUUUUUCUGGGUUUUUCCUUGUAAGUUGUUUGUUGUACAGUGGUUUGUUUUUGGUACGUUGGAAGUGAGGUUCAUAUGGGAAAAAUGCAAUAGAAGAGAUUGGGAAUAAUGUAUCCUACAAGCAUGUUCUUCAAAAAAUCCUCAGUCAGUCAUGUACUGUGAUGUUUUAUACUUACUUUGUGUGUGUUACGGAGAAAAAUUAUAUUGUAUACUUCCUUUUUUCCUUUAUAGGAAGUUCAGGAUACUUGUAAGAGAAUAUUUUCACUUUCUUCC